AUGCCUUCCACGAGCGAGUCCACGGGCGCGCCAGCUGUAUCGGCUUUGAUUGCGACCGCAACAGCAUACAUCGAUGUUUUCAGAACACUAAACACGGAUGCCCUGUUCCGCAUUCUCAGCGACGAGUAUAGCCACCGAGAGGUCAUGUCUUCCUUCACUGUCACCAUCAAGCAGACGUGGCCCAAUCCGUCGCUACGACAGGUUCUCGUAUGGGCAGACUCCGAGACCAAUUUUCACAGGCACCUGAGGGACAGCGAUGAUGAUGAAGAGUGGACUAAGUGGGGAGAGUAA